AUGAGAAGAUGUGGUCCAACACCAGCUUUGACUAUCUUCGUCGCUUACGCUCCAACAUCAAGCUACGAAGAAGAAGAAGUCGAAGCCUUCUAUAUGGACCUGGAGAAGUUCUACCGAGAAGAUCAUGCCAUCUACAAGGUCAUAAUUGGCGAUUUCAACGCCAAAGUUGGCCGAAGAAGAACGCCUGAGGAACUUCACAUCGGAACCCACGGCCUACAAUGGAAUGACCAGGGGGAGAGGCUCUCCGAGUUCAUCAUGACGACCAAGACCAUCCAUGGGAACUCGCAAUUCCAGAAGCCCUCCUCCCUACGCUGGACGUGGGAGUCACCCGGUGGAGGGUACCGUAAUGAAAUAGACCACAUCAUCGUUAAUAAAAGGUUCUGCCUGACGGAUGUCGCUGUUGUACCAAAGUUCUAUACGGGAUCGGACCAUCGUUUCCUUCGAGGAAAAUUUUCCUUCACAAGGAGAGCAGAGAAAGCCGCCAAGUUUAGAGAGAGAAGUCCCAGGACUACCAUCAACUGGGAUCUCUUCGCUACGCUAGCCGGCUUAUGGGAAGAUUUCGCAAUGGACAACAUCGACGAGGAAUAUGACCGGCUUGUUGAACACCUUCACGACCGCACGAAGAAGGCUGAGAGUUUUAAAACCACCAAGAGACGCCUGUCUCUUGAAACUCUUGAUCUGAUACGCCAGCGUGGAGCAGCACGAGCCGCAGGGAACCAAGAACUCACGUCCGAGCUCGCAAGGCUUUGCAGAGAGGCGGUAAAGGAAGACCUUAAAGAGAGAAGAGCAGAAGUGCUGGCUGAAGCUGCAGAGGCGGGAAAAGCAUUCGCUAUGCCCGUCGAGACUUCGCCAGUCGCAAGACGAGGAUGA